GAAAGAGAAGAAUAAAAAGAUAUAGUAAUCGACCAUCCUCUCGGCUUCUACAAGAUUACCUUUUUGGUAGUUCAUAUAUCAUUUUUGGUCAAAUGGGGCGUUGGAUGAAACCUGAGGUUUACCCUUUGUUGGCUGCGAUGACGUUCGUGACGAGCAUGUGUGUGUUUCAGCUAACAAGGAACAUUUUCUUAAACCCAGACGUUAGGGUUAACAAAGCUCAUCGGAGCAUGGGGGUGUUGGAAAAUGCAGAGGAGGGAGAAAGAUAUGCAGAACAUGGCCUGAGGAGGUUCCUCCGAACACGGCCACCGGAGAUCAUGCCGGCGAUCAACCACUUCUUCAGCGAGAAAGACAACUGAGUCAAUAUACGAUCAUCCUGUGGAUCCAGACACUCACAUUUUAAUUAUAAUAUCUUGUGUAGAAAACUAUAUAUCAGGUUUUGAGUUCAAUCUUUUCGUGUGACUUUAAUUUCAUCUGGUUUAUUAUUGUAUCGAAAUAAUUAAUUCAGUAGAAUAUGGAAACGACAUUUCGCUUUAUGUCGCACAGUUUCAUAACA